ACCAGCAAGAUUACCGGCCGCGGCGGUUGCGCCAAAUACUGUGGCACAGCCCCUUCACCCGGCAACAUUUCAUUCUCCAGCUUUCGACAGUCCUUCACUUCAAAUGUUAACUACCUGAAACGGAGCUUGUCUUCCAGGUUCUCGUCCGGGGAUUUAAGCUCGGAGCUCGACGAUGAACCAAGCACGGACUCCGGGCUGGCCUCCAUGGCCAGGGAUUCGUCCCAAUCGUAUCAAGGGGUGCCGGAACGGCCGUUGCAGACGCAGCCGACCUCCGUGCCACCGAGCCAGCCACCGGUCCCCGGGGCACCACCUCCCGGGCCACCUCAACCUGUCGGAGGCGACCUGAGUCUGAACCUUAGACCCGGGUCCAGGACCACUAGUGCACCUUCGUCGCCUGCGAAGACUCGCGAGAGUUUGCUUCAGAGGGUUCAGAGCUUGACCGGAGCUGCCAGAGACCAGGUAGGCCAGGGUGCAUCGAUCCUGGGUGCAGCGGUGACGGGUGCAGCCAGAGGGCCUGCUUACAAUAAAGAUCGAUGCUUCACCCUGUUGGUAAUCGACGACCAGAAUACCGACUGGAGCAAAUAUUUCCGGGGUCGUAGGCUCCACGGUGAUUACGAGAUCCGCGUGGAACAGGCGGAAUUUCGGGAAUUGUCAUUAACGGCCAGUGAAAAUGGCACCGUGGUAUCCAUGACCCUCGGUACUUCCUCUAAAUAA